ACACCUUACCUCCUGUCAGCCCAAGCUUGGCCCAAGGAUCUCCCUGCACUUAACCCUCCGCGGUUCUGCUGGAUCACCCUCUUCUACAAAUAACCCACAACAAAACCACAGUACAGGACCGGAACGCCGUUUGGUGAGAAGCAGAACCUCCCGUUGACCCCACGGAGGUCUCCGGCUCCCCCUGAGCAGCCACAGCCGAGGCAGAAACCCUUCCCCAGAGCAGAACCCAAGAGCUUUUCCCUCAGAUUCCGGGCCCACCAGCGGAGCAAGAGGAGGUUUCUGCAGACAAACCCCAGCUCCGAAGCAGACCGGGACCGAAGACAGGACCCGGCACCCACCCGAAGUGUGAGGAGGAGGAGGAUUUAUGCUUGACCUUCCAUAAAAAUGUCCAAGCAACAGCCUGCUCAAUUUACCAAUCCAGAAACCCCUGGCUAUGUUGGAUUUGCAAACCUUCCCAAUCAGGUUCACCGGAAAUCUGUUAAAAAGGGGUUUGAAUUUACUCUGAUGGUGGUUGGUGAAUCUGGAUUGGGAAAAUCUACAUUAAUAAACAGCCUCUUCCUGACAGAUCUCUACCCAGAAAGGAUAAUCCCAGGAGCUGCUGAGAAGAUUGAACGCACCGUGCAGAUUGAAGCCUCCACAGUGGAGAUUGAAGAGAGGGGUGUGAAACUGAGGCUGACUGUGGUUGACACACCAGGGUAUGGGGAUGCCAUCAACUGCAGGGACUGUUUUAAGACCAUAAUCUCUUAUAUUGAUGAGCAGUUUGAGCGCUAUCUGCAUGAUGAGAGUGGUUUGAACAGAAGGCACAUUAUAGAUAACAGAGUUCAUUGCUGCUUCUACUUCAUUUCACCAUUUGGUCACGGCCUUAAGCCUCUGGAUGUUGAGUUUAUGAAGGCCAUACACAACAAAGUAAAUAUUGUACCAGUGAUUGCAAAAGCUGAUACCCUUUCUCUGAAAGAGAGAGAAAGGCUGAAGAAAAGGAUUUUGGAUGAAAUAGAAGAGCAUGGCAUCAAGAUUUAUCACCUGCCUGAUGCUGAAUCAGAUGAGGAUGAAGAUUUUAAAGAGCAGACCAGACUCCUGAAGGCCAGCAUUCCAUUUUGUGUCGUGGGAUCCAAUCAACUCAUUGAAGCCAAAGGCAAAAAAGUCAGAGGUCGACUCUACCCAUGGGGUGUUGUUGAAGUGGAGAAUCCAGAACAUAAUGACUUCCUGAAGCUGAGGACUAUGCUAAUUACCCACAUGCAAGAUCUCCAGGAGGUAACCCAGGAUCUUCACUAUGAGAACUUCCGCUCCGAGAGGCUCAAACGAGGUGGCAGGAAAAUAGAAGACGAAGAAGUAAAUAAAGACCAGAUUCUGCUUGAAAAAGAAGCUGAACUUCGUCGCAUGCAGGAGAUGAUUGCAAGAAUGCAGGCACAGAUGCAGAUGCAGAUGCAAAGUGGAGAAGGAGACAGUGCAGUUCAUGGACACCACGUAUAAAGUCAGUGGUUACUUUAUAUCCUGACUUACAAGAUCUUCUGGAAUGUUACACCAGACUGGAUGUGUUUUGCCCAACAUGUGACUUGGAGUUGACUUUAGAGUUUAACAUGGAUAUGCUUUGUAGAAACUCCUGUGAUAAGUAUUUUAUAAAAUGUAUUCAGUUGGUAUUUUAUAUGUUACCCACAGUUGAGUUUGGUUUUGUUUAGUAAUUCUUAUAGUCAGCAUAUUAGGGGUACAAAAUAGACAUUGAAACUUUUGUAGCCUGGUAAGAUAUUUUGGUUUGUUUUUUUAAAAUACUGCUUAUUAUCUCCCUGCUUUUAACUUUGCAUUACAUUUAGAAGCAACCAUCUGUCAGUGGCACCUUGUUCAGUGACAUAAACAGUCACCCCACUAGGGAUCCCUGCAAGGUUAAUUUUAUGUUCUUUGCAGCAUUUACAGGAAUGUCUUUGUGAGACUAUCAGCCCUUUUUCUGCCUCUGUUCAGUGCAGAUGAUUUCCUUGGACUCUGCAAGUAUCAAAACUCAAGCAUGUCUUGUGUCUUAACAAAAGAAAAGAGAAAAUGCCUCUUUAAAAGGCACACUGUUUUAUAUGACAGGCAUUUUUUCUUUCAGAUUUAACCCUGAGGGACACCUAUUCCUUACUGUUUGCAUGAACUAUUUUACUCUAUUACAGAGUUUUUAAGCUUCUUGUAGGUUAGCACAAUCAGUCAUGCUAUUUUCUGACACUACUGUAGCCAAAUAAACUUGAAAAAUUCUGAUACUGUUAAAUGAGGUAAACUCCAAAGAAUGGUUUUCUAUUUGUGGGUGUUUCCUAUAUCCAAAUGCAUAAGAAAUUCUAUAAUUCCUAUUAUUUUCAUACCUUUUUUAAGGGCAUUGCAGACUUAUUUGUAGGAUGAAAUAUAUACUAGCACAUUUUUUUUUUUUGAUCUGUGCCUGACAGGAUCAAUGCAAACUGUAUUUUAAGGUCAUGCUCCAAGAUAGCAGUAUUACUUUGAAAGCAACUCUAUUAUGCUUUUUUUUUCUUCUUUUUUAAGCCAAGGUCACUUUCCUUCACACUGCUAGUGAAGGAGACUUGUUUUAUCUCAACUGGACUCCUACAUAUCAUGUCUGGUGUUGUAUUUGCAGUAGAUAAUAACAGCUUCUAGUGUGCAGCUACAUAGCUGGCAGGGUAAGCAAUAAUACAUCAGGGCUGUUUUUUCUAUUACUUCUAAUAAAGCCAGCAAUCAGAUUUCUUAAUCUGAUCUGUUACAAAAUGGUGUUGUCUGAACAGCUCAUAAAUAGAAUUGCAACUUUUUUCUCUUCUUCAAGCUCAGGUGCAGCUGUGAUUUUAUUAUUUUUUUUAAUGUUUUCUUGAAAAAAUUAAUAGAAUUUCUACAGCUGAUGUGUCAUUCCAGUGGGUUAAAUAUAAAUCUGCUAAGCAGCUGAAAUUUUUACCUGCCUAAAACUGCUGUUGAUGAAUUGUUUUAAUUUUAUAUUCUUUCUAAAACUGUGAAGUAAAAUCCUGCAUCUCAGCUUUUACCUAAGGAGCUCCAGUUUUCUUCUCUAUCACUUACAGAGUUUUGUACUGCUCAUUUAACCUUCCCCUAACAAAGUGACAAAAGUGAAAAUGAGAAUCUUUGUGUACACUGAGGUGCACGUAAGUGUUAAGUCCCAUUUUGACAGAUAUUUAUGGUCAAAACUUAGAAAAAUGUCUAAGUUCUUGUAUGACUUUUUCAAAAGAAUGUGUAGAAAGAAAGUAAUGUGGCAGUGUUGUCAGAAAACAGACCCCAACACCUUACUUGUUUCUAAAUCUUUUUAUACAUUUGUGUGACACAGUUGUCAUAAAUUUAUCAGAAGUUACUGUAAACUUAACUCACUGAAUACUUUGUCAAGUCUCAUGCUGGGCUUUAGUUGCCACAAACCUGCUGGGCUUUUUUUCUGGUAGUGGAAUAUUUGUCUGCUUUUAAGCUAUUUGUUUGGUGUCUUGACAAAAAAGUGUUUUGAACACAGUGUGUUCCAGAUGCUCUCUGCUUUGCCAAGGAGAGCAACUCUGGGACAGGCUUAUUUUCACUUCUAAGAUUUGUGUAGGUCACUAUAAGCUGCAUUAGUGCUGUGAAACCUGUACUUGGGAGGGAAACAGAUCUGAAAUGUAUGCAGAGGGGCAAUGUUUGUGUGUAUAACUCUGUGUAAGUUGGUUUGGUAGCUUUUUCCUGUAUUUUGUAACAAAAGCAGAUUGUCCAUCCAUUUAGUGCUGUUUGGUCACUGCCUGUGGAAUCAUUUUAGGCAAUGUCUUAGACUUUGAAAUGUCAUGUAUCUACUAAAAUGUCAGCUGAAGUCUUCUGUUUCAUUCUUAGGCAAAUAAUUUUUGAUCUGCAAAUUCCAGCAGAACAAAUACUUUCAUAUGGUUGUUUUGUUUUGGUUUUAAUAGGAAAAAGCAAGCUUAGGGCACUUGCCAUUGUAGCUGAAAUACUUCAGACAGCUGAUUGCUGCUGCUUCCAAAACCUUUGGAGCUGUCACAGUGUGCCUGAUGUCUCUGAAGGGCUGUUUCCCCUUCACUUUUCUUGUGAUGGUGUUGCAGCCAAUGGAUUCAUGGUAAGACACAAAAGUGAGUCUCUCUCUCUUCAGAUUCGGUUUCAGACAAGCUAAACUAGAAGAAAGACUUAAGAGACAAAAAGUGGAUGUUGUUUGGUUCUGUUAGAGCAACAGUUUUUAUUUUAUGAGUCAAAAUAUUUUUGAAUUUGCAGAGGUUUAUAAUUGGUAUCAAAAAUUACUUGCUCUUGGUACAAAAAUCUAUUAUAUUUUGUCCUAUACACUGCCUUUAGCCAAACUAUAAUAAAAAUGCUAAAAUA